CAUAUCUUCUUCUCCUUCUUCAUCUCUUCAUUCUAAAUUCCCCAACACGAAUAAUUUAACUCCACAACAAUAGUUUUUCCAGAGAUGAUGAAGUUAUAAAAGAGUGGUGAAUUUGAUGCAGCAACAACAGUUAUGAUGGAGUCAAGUGUCCCACCAGGAUUCCGGUUCCACCCCACUGACGAAGAGCUUGUUGGCUAUUAUCUGAGGAAGAAGGUCGCUUCACAGAAGAUCGAUCUCGAUGUUAUUAGAGACAUCGAUCUCUACAGGAUCGAACCCUGGGAUCUUCAAGCUAGAUGCCGGAUCGGAUACGAGGAGGAGAAAGAGUGGUAUUUCUUCAGCCACAAGGAUAAGAAGUAUCCGACGGGGUCAAGGACCAACCGAGCAACCAUGGCUGGUUUCUGGAAAGCAACGGGGAGAGACAAGGCGGUGUACAAUAAUACAUCGAAGCUCAUCGGUAUGAGGAAGACUCUUGUUUUCUACAAAGGAAGAGCUCCCAAUGGUCUGAAAACUGACUGGAUCAUGCAUGAAUACAGGCUUGAACCCGACAACGGACCUCCUCAGGAGGAAGGAUGGGUGGUUUGUCGAGCUUUUAAGAAAAGAACCACCGGUGGACAAGCCAAGAGCAUUGGUGGCGGGUGGGACUCGAUCUACUUCUACGACGAACCAAGUGGUGUCAGCUCGGUGGUUGAUCCAAUGGAAUACAUGUCGAGGCAACCCCCCAUUUUUUUACCUUUGUGCAAGCAAGAGACGACAGAGGCAGAUAAUUUGAACAAAUUUGUUUACUCUGAUCAAUUUAUAGAGCUUCCUCAGCUAGAGAGCCCUUCUCUGCUAUUAAUGAAUAAGCCAAGCUCGAUAUCUAUCGUAUCUGAGAAUAAUAAUAAUAAUAACUAUGAAGAAGAAGAAGGUCAGAAAAGAAUGUGCAACAACAACAACAUCAAGAAAGUGACUGAUUGGAGAACCCUUGAUAGGUUUGUUGCUUCACAACUGAGUCAUGAAGAUAGAUAUAACAACGGUGAUCAACAUGGAGCUGCCUCGAUCUCAAGCUUUGAUGCUAAUAAUUGUAGUAACUCGGACAUGGCGUUGCUGUUGUUGCAAAGGAGUAGAGAAGAAGGGAACAACUUGAAGGAGUUACUGAGUUCGAGUUCAGAUUGUGAUGUUGGAAUAUGCAUGUUAGAUAAAUGAAAUGAGAUGAAAAAGAAAAGAAGACGAUAAAGAAAGUUUUUAUCGCUUAGUAUUAAUUAUAAAUAUUUGAUGCAUAACGAGACAUAUUUUUGU